AUGGAGUCAUCAAGUGAUACAGACGAAACUGUUAUGAACAAGAGAAAAUAUGAAAAUUGUGGUUUGAAAGACCAUAAUACACGAACAUGUUCAAGCUUUGUAGAGUAUACCAUUGAAGUAGAAUUUAUAAAUGAGCUAGAAGCUAAUACAAACAAGAGAAAAUGUGGAAACUGUAGUUUAGAAAAUUAUAAUACACAAACAUGCCCAUCCCUUCAAGAAUAUACUGAUGUAGAGACAAGUAACGUGGAAGAUAUUAAUAAAAGAAAAUGUAGAAUUUGUGGUAUAAGUGGUCAUAAUGUGCAAACUUGUCCAAGCUAA